CUGUCAAAACUCUGUUCGCCCCCAGCAGCAAUUGCGCAUAUGUCCUUUGUCUGCAGCUUCCGUCAUUACCUGCUUUUACACUAUCGGUGACCAAGACGUCAGGUUGCCAGGCGGCACCUCCGUCCCAGUUUCAUGUCAGAUGUGGCUGUUUUCCCCAACCCCUUACUUCUGAGAGACGAGGCUUUGACCCGUUCUGCCUCUCUACGGGAGGGUCUCACCGAGCAAUGGCCGGGUGCUGGCCACACCCAGGAAUGUUUGCAGGACCGUGCUGCUGCCAAUGCUCAGAGACUGCGGCUGGGCGCCAGCUCGCCCCUGAAAAAUGUUUACAUUAUUGUGUAGCAGCAGCGUUUCAGGGAUCAUGGAAAACCACAACAGGCAGCUGGCACCAGGCUUCACCCUUAAGGAACUUGUUCCAGCCCCAGUGAAUGUGGUGGUUCUCUGGGGUCUGCUGGGAUCGGGUGGCCGCUCAGCCUCUACCAGAUGUCCUCCCAGCAGGGGAACUGCCUCUCCCCGUGUGGCGGGAAGACCCCCUGGACUUGACUCUGCUCCUGAGGAUUCGCCCUUCUCACCGCCAGGGCUUCCAGCAGAAGAUGCGAAGGGAAUCUCACCCUUGAUGAUACUAAUGGUGAUAAUUUACCUGAUAUUUCUGUUCUGGGAAAACGAGCAGAAUGAGGAAGGAGAGGCGUACACCAUAGAGCAGCUGCAUGUGGACUACCCGCAGAGUGACGUUCCUGUAAGGUACUGCAACCACAUGGUCUUACAAAGAGUCAUCAGGGGACCUGACAAUACCUGCAAAAUGGACCAUGUUUUCAUCCACGAGAGGCCUCGAAAUAUCAACAGUGUUUGCACCUCUCCCAAGAUGAUGACUUGUCAGAACCAUUCUGCCACUUUAUGUUUCCAGAGUUUGACAAAGUUCAAAAUGACAGUCUGUCAGCUCAUUGAAGGCACCAGAUACCCUGCCUGCAGGUACCACACUUCCUCCAUGGAUGGGUUUAUUGUUGUCACUUGUGAUAACAUGGGGCCAGUUACUUUCCAGAGAUACAUUAAAUAAGUUGAGUCUACACUGCCUGAGUCUGAGGGGUACUGGCACUCUCCUCUCUUGCAGACUUCUGUAUGGGAUACCGGUAUUGGUUCCUCUCUCAGGGGUACUGGUACUGGUACCCUACCCAGCCCGCUUUGUGCGAAUUGGGUAGCUACUACCAAUUCACCUGUCCUUCUGCUCUGGCUAAGCUGGAAUCAUUUCAU